AUGAAAAUGAUGCAGUCAAAUGAAUUUCAGUAUGCGCACAGAGAAUUGAGUGUAUCAAGAAGUGAUAUGGAGGAAUGUCGUCAGGGUGGUCAUGAAGAGUGUGUCAAUGGAGUCAGGUUGAUAUUCAUGAAAGAGGGGCAUCAGACAUUAUUGGUGUGCUCGUCUAACGCUAUGAAGCCGCAGCUACACGAAUUAGAUGCAUCAACUCUUCGUGAACGAUCCACACCUGAGAAUGUGAUUGGUGUAUGUUCGCCUCACACUCAUCUUAAUACCACUGCCACUCUCGUUGAAUGGGGUAAUCCUGACGAUAUUCCGGCGAUUUAUUCGGGUAUUCGAACGGGCUUGUCGCUUGAUAACCAUUUAAUUUAUCGGUCACCACUCGUACUCAACAACAAAGAAGUUCAUCCAUCAAUGAGAACCGUCUAUACGGAUUCGAAGUGGCUUAAUGAACCGCAGUUUGUAUCAUCGCUGAGUAUUGCCAAUUAUGUGUAUUUUUUCUUUCGUGAAGUGGCUGUAGAACAUGAAAAUUGUGGUCGUGUUGUAUAUUCGAGAGUUGCACGUCUCUGUAAGAAGGAUGUGGGUGGUAAGAAUGUCUUACGUCAAGUUUGGACGAGUUUCGUGAAGGCACGUCUCAAUUGCUCAAUGUCAUCACCAUAUCCGUUGUACUUCGACCAAAUUCAAUCAGUGCAACGUGUCGAUGCACGAGGUGAUACUCUCUUCUACGCAACCCUGACUACUGCGGACAUUCAAUUUGGUGGUAGUGCUGUUUGUGUAUUCUCGUUGAAUGCAAUCAAUCAGCUAUUCGACCAAGGGAUGUUUGCUGAACAAUCUGCGAGUGGCAGCAGUUGGACGACAACACCUCCUCAAAGUGUUCCUCCACACCGACCCGGAACAUGUGUACCGAAUUCUGUAGCAAUCACAGAUGGUGAACUGCACUUUGCAAAAUCACAUCUUUUGAUGGCUGAAGCAGUUUCGUGUGGUGCCCCGUUGCUGACUGCUUCACAACAUCUUUUCACACACAUUGCUGUCGAUGUACUUCAGUCUGUUAAUGUUGUUUUUGUUUAUUCACAUAAUACCCGAAAAAUAUUGAAAUUGUCGCACUUGGAAGGAACAACUGGGCCCGAGUCGUCACGUCUGCUUGCAGUUUAUGAACUGGAGGAUGUGAUGGAUGUGUUUGCGAUGGCGUUGUUACCCAACGAAUUUCUCUAUGUAUCGGACUGCUCACUUUAUACGACAUGCUCACAAUGCGCUGUUGAUCCUUAUUGUUCGUGGAGCUCGGCACGUUCUUGGUGUUUUCGACGUAAUGCCGCGCACUCUUCCGCACUCGGAUGGGUUAGUGCAGCACCCGAUGAAAUACCCAAGUGUAUUGAAAAUGUUGAUCGUAACUCAAUAGUGGCUUAUCCCGGUGAUUCGAUACAUAUGAAGUGUGACUUCAACUCAAACUUGGAUUCGCUACAAUGGAAAUACAAUGGGAAGCAUGUAGUUACUCCUUGUGCACGAAAGCACAUCACGACAUUGGGUGGUCUUGUGCUGCUUAAUGUGAGCGCUGUGGAUAGUGGUGUAUACGAGUGUUCUUGUGAUGGAGAGGUUGUUUGUGUGUAUGAAGUUGAUAUCGAUACAGCUGAAUGUACACAACCAACCAGUAUUGCCCAGUUCCAAUCUGUAUACAGAGAAUGGUGUAAAAAGUUAGCUCAUUAUAAGCAGUCGGUGGACAAAUGGCAACUUUGGUACGAUAAAAAUGCUCAUUGUCCAAAGAAGAAAAUAUCUGAUGAAUAUGGUGACAUCAAUAUCAACAACCGAGUUUAA